AUGACGGCGUUCGCCGUCACGGGGGCGGCGCAUGUGUCGUGGAUGCUGCGGAUUUCGUCGAACGCGGCAUCCGGGCGCCGUGUCUCGCGUCCGGCGACCUCGUUCCGUCGGGGCACGGGUGGGAGAAAUCGGAGCCUCGGCGCAACCUUGACCGAUGACGUGAGCCGAAGGGAGCAGCUCGAGGCAGAGGAUGACGAGACGCGGGAGGAGGAAGGCGAGCCGACCGCGGAGGAUCUAGACGCCGAGGCCAGGGAUCUGCUGCAGUGGCCCGAGCUGAGCGCGCAGGUUCGCGCGUUCACCGCCACCACCCUCGGCGUGCGCGCGUGCACCCCGACCUUACCUCUCGGCGCCACCCCCGAGGAGAGCGCCACGUUGCUCGCGGAGACGACCGCCGCCGCGACGCUCCGCGACGUGCACGGGGGCUUCCCCAGGGACGUCUUCGAGGGAACGAAGGAUGUGAGGCCGUGGAUCGCGGGAGCGGCGAGGGGGAGGGUGCUGAGCGGCUCUUCUCUCGCGGACGUCGCCACCACCGCCGCCGCGUGCGCCAAGGUCCACGCCCUCAUCCACGCCCCGAACGACGAAGCGCUCGAGCCCCUGCGACGACUCGCGGCGCCGCUCGUGGGCGUCCCGGAGACACUGGAGCGAGAGAUCCGAAGAUGCGUGAUGAUUCCCGGCGGCAACGUCCUCGACGACGCCUCCGAUACGCUCGCCGCGAUACGCGCGGAGCGCAGGGAGACGGAGCGAGAGCUGAGGGCGCUUUUGCAGCAGAAGGCGCAGCACAUGCAGAAGAAGAACUUCGCCGAGCGCGCGCAGAUCGUCAUCAGGCUCGGACGCGAGUGCAUACCCAUCAAGGCGGGUGCCCAGUCCGAGAUGGACGGAGUCGUUCUGGACUCGUCGUCGACGGGCCAGACGGUGUUCAAGGAGCCGGCGGAGGCUGUGCCGCUGAACAACCGCAUCCUGGAGCUCGCCACCGAGGAGGACGCCGAGGUGGAGAGGGUGCUCUCCGCGCUGACCGCGAUGGUCGUGGGGGACGACGGGGGCGCUUCCAUCCUGAACGCGACGGAGGCGAUGGCGGCGCUCGACCUCGCGUCGGCCAGGGCGUCGCACGCGAUGUGGUUGGGCGCGCGGCCCGCCGAGCUCGUCGUCGUGAGUUCCGAGUCGGGAGUUUGUUUGGAGUCGGCGGUUCGCCUGCCGGGGAUGCAGCACCCGCUGCUGCUGGAGCGUCACCUGCCCAAGCUGCCGCGAGGGGGUAAGGUUGGCGAGGAGGAGACCGUGCGGGGUUUCGACGAGAGGGAGGAGGACGGGGAGGAGGAGGAGGAGGAGGAGGAGGAGGGCGCGAGGUUCCAGUCGAGGGCGGAUGCCAGGGAGGCGGUGGUUCCGGUGGAUUUCGUGGUCCCGCCGUCCACCUCCUUGGUCGCCAUAACCGGUCCCAACACCGGAGGUAAGACGGCGAGCCUCAAAGCCCUGGGUCUGGCGCUACUCAUGGCCAGGGCGGGUCUCCACAUCCCCGCGGGCGGCGACGGCGAACCGUCGCGGGUGCCCUGGACCAGGCGGGUCCUCGCCGACCUCGGCGACGCGCAGUCCCUCGACCUCGACGGCGGGUUGUCAACGUUCAGCGCGCACCUCGUCAGACUGCGACGCAUCCUGCGAGCCUGCGAGGACGAGACGUGCGACGGUACCCGCAGCGUCGUGGUGCUCUUGGACGAGCCCGGGGGCGGCACGGACCCCGCGGAGGGCGCGGCGCUCGCGGCGGCUGUGCUCCGAGCCGCCCAAACGCGAUCGCUCCUCACGGUGGCCACGUCGCACUACGAGGAGGUGAAGGCUCUGGCGGAGUCGGGUUCGUGCCCGGGGGCGGCGAACGCGGCGGUGGAGUUCGACGCGGAGACGUUGCGACCGACGUACAGGCUCCUGUGGGGUGAGUUUGGUCAGUCGAACGCCAUAUCAAUCGCCGCGGGACUGGGUCUGGCGCCGGAGCUCGUCGAGGCGGCUGAGAAGAGAUGGCGCCGGGCGCAAAGAGCCGCCGCCGCGGCUACCGGCGACACGUCCUUCGACGACGCGGACGACAUUCAGGAGCUCGCGGAUGCGCUCGAGCGCGAGAGGGAGACGCAAGAGCGCCGGGCCGGGGAGGCGAGUUUGGCGCUCGACAGGGCGGAGGACCUCCACGCCGAGGUUGUGGAGCGGGGCGCCAGGCUGCUCGACCUCAGGACCCGGCUCGCGAUGGAGGCGGCAGAGACGCGCGCGAAGGAGGGCAUGGAGGAAGCGCUCGAGCUCAUCAACCUCGUGGACGAGAGGGAGGAGCUCGACGAGGUCGUGCGCGGCUUGAUGCCCCCGGGUUGGACCCUGGACGAACGAGGCGACGCCGUCCCGGCUGAUGAGGGCGAAGGGACGGAGGAUGACCCGGAUGGAGGACCCGGUCGGUUGCGAUCUCGAAGGCGGUGGACGCCGACGGUUGGCGAGACGGUCGUGGUCAGGCAGCUGGGAGGUGCCGAGGCGGAGGUUGUGGAGAUUGACGGGGCGGAUGUCACGGUGAGACUAGGCGGCCUGGUCACGCGAACGCCGCUCGCGGGGGUGUCCCCGACCUCCAAGUUCUGA